AUGACCGGAUACUCCUUCGUCUACGCCACCACGCUGAGCGGCCUGCAUCUCUCCUUCGCCACUCUCGCCGGGCUGCUCUGCCUCUGUCUCGCACGCUUCCUCCCUCCCUCCUCCCCCUCCCCUUCCCUUUCCUCCCCCGCACCCCUCUCCCCCUCCGCCUCUCUGAUCCCCCCUUCCGCCGCGCCUCCCCCUGCCCCGGUCCCCACGCUGCCCGCGUGGGAGGUGGGGCGCUUCACGCUGCUGUCCAACGUGUGUGUCGUCACCACCAACUUCGCCCUCCUCGCCAACUCCGUGGGGUUCUACCAGAUCAGCCGUCUGGCGAUCAUCCCUUUAACCUGCGCGUUUGAGGCGCUGCUACACGGCAAGGCCUACUCGCCCCCCACGCUGGCAGCGGUGCUGGUGGUGCUGGUGGGAGUGGGUGUGUGCACGGUCACUGACGUCACCGUCAGCGCGUUCGGACUCGUCACCGCCGCUGCUGGUGCUGUCUCCACAUCCCUGCAACAGAUUGUGAGUGUAGUCAGUGGGAGAGUUGCAACAGCGCUAUGCCCUGGGCUCAUUCGACCUGCUCAUUCAGACCGCUCCCCUGCAAGCAAAGUGACUUUUGUUAAGACCUCAAAGUCACUUCUCUCCCUGCCAUCCCUCCCAUUGCUCCACCCUUUCCCUAUGGUGCAGUCAGUGGGCGAGUUACAGCAGCGCUAUGCCCUGGGCUCCUUCGACCUGCUCAUUCAGACCGCCCCUCUGCAAGCAGCCUCGCUGCUGCUGCUGGGACCCGCUGUAGACUACCUCCUUACAGGCUACAACGUCAUUCACUACACCCUGACUGCUGAUGCCACUGUAGGCCUGGAUUCUCCUCUCCUGCAUGCGCGCCCACCUCACCACAGCCAGUGUCUACCUCUGAGCUGGUUUUUGAGCGCCUGA